CACGUGAGUGAAUGAGGUGCGACGCUACGUGUAUGUUUAAAUAGCCUUUGUGGGAUUUCCCAUCACAACAACUUGUACAAAUUAAGGCUUUGUAAGCGGAAAUAUUUCAACAGAUUACAUAUAUAUAUAGAUGUGAAGAUACAUAUCUGCAGAUUAUACGAUUCACGCUCAACAGGUCGUGGUUUAUGUAGCUAUUAUGUCGCGCUGUGUGAACAGCUUUUAGAAUUCGAUUCUCGACGAUCAGUGAUAUAUUGUCUCGGACAUAUUCGCGUUCUCCUCACACCGUGGUUUGUAUAGCAGAGUGUUUGGCAACACCAGUGAAACUAGACUUGCGCUGUAUCUGAAGACAUCCACGAACUCCGGCGUGAAUAUUGCCCAGGUUUGUACAGGACAAUACUUCGUAAUAAAUCGGCAUGGGCGCUUUACAGGAAUUCCGAAUUAAAAGGCAGAUGGCGUAUUCAGUGGCAAUGUUGAUUGCUUUGUCUACAUGUGUCAGGUGUCGGCCACUUACCUCCCAACCUAACGGCUCCUUAGUGAACGGGACUCUGGCUAUAGUUAAUGGUGGCAACAGUAACAUUGGCGGCGGUGAAAAGGACGCGCACGGCAAAUGGAACGUUGAGGGCGACAAUGAAUCAAUGCGGUCGUCCAAGGACAAACCAUAUAAGGUGAACGGCUCCUUGUCUAACGGUUCCUUGCCAAAUGGCUCCGUGGGGAAUCGUGGCGACAGUAACGGUGAUGACGGUGAAAACGACACGCACGGCAAAACCCACGUUGAGGGCGACAAUGAAACAUUUGGAUCGUCCAAAGGCAAACAAGACAAGGGUACAUCUGGGACCUCUGCUCUCGUGUUCUCGUCCGACAUCUUGGCCUGCUUGCUUGCAACUCUCUUAGUUCCCUCGUGCAUCACGUGAAGCUAGAGUGCACUCCUCAAGUCAUCGUGACCGAAGUCCCCGAUAGCGGGGCGCCCACGGCGCGGUAUUGUGCAACUCAGUACCGUAGCCAGGGCAGAUCCAGCAUGGGGUGGGGGGAGAUUGUCUACAACACACUACAUUUGGUUUUCAAAGGGGGGGGGGGGGGGGGGGUGUUGACCCUCUGGACCCCCUCUGGAUCCGCCUAUGACAGAAGGCAGGCCCCGUGUUAUUUAGGGUAUUUAUUAUUCAAAGUACUAUAUUAAGUAAGAACACAGUGUGUUAUUAAACAAACUAUUAUUUUGGAAGUCAGUUCACGUUUUAGCGGAACUCUUUACAAGGUCAGACAGGUACUUGUAUCGGUGACGAAUAUCGACAGAUAACGUCUGUCAACUUAAAAGGGGGCCUAGUGGGUCAAGUGUUCGCUCGACAUGCCGAACAUGUGGAAUGUAUAAAGUCGUGAAAAGCGUCGGAAAACCCAACUCACUCACUCACUCGUGUCAACUAAUGUUUGAGUUAAUGGGUCCUGGGUUCGAUACAAAAAGAAAGGGAUGUGCGUGUUGAUGUGGUGCAGUUAUAUCCUGCUUCUUUUAGGUAUUUUGAGAACACGGACUGCGCGCACAUGAAGUCUUAUUGUUUCAAUCGCGAGGCCGACUUCGAGACAAAGAGAGGAUUUGGACAUGUUCUAUUGUGCGUUGAUGCUUACUUCGACACCAAAAGGGCAACGAAGGAUGUUGAUAAGGUGAUGUUUCCACUUCGAGAAAAAGAGGGAACGAAGGGAAUAAGUCAGUUGUGACUGUUGGCUUACACUUCGAGACAAAAGUUGAGUGUGAGUGUGUUUACAACCAAGAUUGUAAGUGCAGCUCUUCGUGGAAAUGCGUGGAAAUGCGUGGAAAUACAUUGUUUUUGUCCUGGACUGUAGCUAUAGUUGGUAUGCUUCAAAACCAGCUAAAGGUGUAAUUCGUUGAUUCCUGAUUUUCAAAAAUAAAUGUAUUUGUGUUUUAUACAAAAUUGCCGAGCAAAAGAAAGUAUAUGCUUGAAAACUGGAUUUGAACCCAAAAUUACAAACAGUUGUGAAAGAAGGGAAACUUAAGGUCCUAAACACAACUAUGAUGCCCGUAUCAAACGCAUCACCAUCGAAUAACCAGUCUCAGUUUUAGCCUCCAUCAAACAUGGGUGUAUACUUUCUUUUCUGCCGUAAGUUUAUACGCCUCUUGCGUUUGUUUCCUUGUUUCCGUGUGAUAAAUUGUACCCAACUUACACAACUGAAUAAAACAAGUUCCAGCAUU